AAAACGGAAAACUUUUCCCUUUCCUCGCAAUUCUAUCUCUAUAAAUCAGCAUUUCGGGUUGUCUCUCUCUCUCUCUCGCUCCUCUUUUCCUUCAAAGGAGCCGAGAGAGUCCAAGAAGACGCGGGAGGAAGCAAAGAGCAGAGACGGUAAGAGAUUUAUUGGUGAUUUGGGGCUUAAAGGGUUUUACAUGUGGAUCAGAAGGAAUUUUCCAUAGGGUUCCCUGUACUGCCUACCAUUUCCAGUCAGAUUGAAAAGGUGGUUCUGGAUUAUAAAAGCGGCAUAGGCAUAUAAAAAUGGUCAAGCUUACGAUGAUUGCUCGCGUUACUGAUGGUCUUCCCUUGGCUGAGGGACUGGAUGAUGGUCGUGAUCAAAAAGAUUUGGAGUUCUACAAGCAACAGGCGAAGGCAUUGUUCAAAAAUUUAUCGAGGGGUCAGAGUGACCCUUCAAGGAUGUCGAUUGAAACUGGUCCUUAUAUUUUCCACUAUAUUAUUGAAGGACGUGUGUGCUACCUAACGAUGUGUGACCGUGCUUAUCCCAAGAAACUUGCUUUUCAAUAUCUUGAGGAUCUCAAGAAUGAGUUCGAGAGGGUCAAUGCGAAUCAAAUUGAGACCGCUGCCCGACCAUAUGCUUUUAUUAAAUUUGAUACAUUCAUCCAGAAGACUAGGAAACUUUAUUUGGACACACAUACACAGAGGAACCUUGCAAAGUUGAAUGAUGAUCUUUACGAAGUCCAUCAGAUAAUGACUCGUAAUGUUCAAGAAGUUCUUGGUGUUGGUGAAAAACUGGAUCAGGUCAGUCAAAUGUCAAGCCGGCUGACAUCAGAAUCUCGUAUAUAUGCUGACAAGGCAAGAGAUCUAAAUAGGCAGGCUCUGAUUAGAAAGUGGGCCCCGGUUGCCAUUGUACUUGGAAUUGUUUUUCUUCUGUUUUGGGUCCGCAACAAAAUAUGGUGAACACUACUACCGUUAGGCCCAUUUGAGGGAGGCUGCAAUCUGCAUUGGACUAUUAUUGAUCUCAAUAUACUGGGGGGAUACUCUUGUAAGGUUGGAUCUGUGUGCUUGCCCGAGAUUGAGAGGAAAGUACAGCCUUGGGUCUUUUUUGUGCGUGGGGCAGUUAUUUUGUGAGUGGAUGAUCAUUGGCAUGAAUCUUGGUGCUUGCUAGGAAUUCUUUUAUCUUCUAUUGAGACCUUUGAGGAGUUCUCUCACAUUUUUUGUAAGUUUUAUAAUGGAAAUGAAGCAGGGAAUGGACACCCAUUAUUGGGAAGCCUAUAUACCAUAUGACUAAUAAGUAGAGAUUUUUUCAUGUAAAGGCCUGGCCAUGAACCAACCAUACCGUGCAGUAAUUCCAUUCCUUUUUUUGUUUUUCUUUCUCA